AACCUAUUGUGCGUUGGACUUUACCAUGUUCAAAAGCGAUGUUUACUCUUUUCUCCACAUCAUAACCUUUUUAAGUACCACUGUAAUUAUAUAUUAAAAUAACUUUUAAUUAGUAAACAAUUUCAUAUGGAUUGAAGAAAUUGAAAUUUGAACUUGGUUAAUCAACUUUUAUCUAAACAUGAAUGAGAAUUUAUGAAGCAGACAGUGUCAACAAUAUUUAUAAUGUUUGCUGUACAUAUAUCGAAUACGCUGAUGAGAUCUUCUCAUUCACAUCUUUCGAGAGCUGUUUGUGUCAGAACUCCUCUUGAUUCUCUCUACUUCGGUCACUGCCGCUCAUUCAAAAGAUUAGUUUCCAGCCGACCGUGGACUUACGGUAAACUAAGCAGAUGGUAUAGCCGACAUAUAAAUUCAUGGAUCACAGAGCAAGGUGUUAAAAUAAUUUGUACAUGUGUAAAGCAGAUAGAAUUCUUAGCAGUAAAACGUAUUGAACAAAGUGUUCAGAUAUUUCAAUUGUAUAUAAAACUAUGGGACAAACUUCUCUUAAAAGAAUUCAUCAAGUAUUGGAGGAAAAAAGGUUUUCAGAAAAAUAAGACAUAUCUACUGAGUACAACAGGCAUUGUUGCUUAUAACUGGGAAAACGAAAGAAUAACUAAUAAAGAGAUGGAGAGUUACACCCACGAAAUAGAUGAAAUUUAUAAAUUACUUGCAAAUACUGUAACGUGUUCUCAGUGUCAUAAACGUUUAAUAAUCGACACUAAACAGGAUGGUGUUACUUACUGUAAUUGCUAUGGAAACAAUAAUGCUAAGGCUAUUAAUAAUCAAGAUGAACCUUGGGAACCUUUUAUUGAACGGGAGGAUAUGCUCAUAUGGCGUAGAUUAGAAUCAAACUCAGGAUUAUACGCUUAUAAAGUAUAUGCAUCCUUUUCUGAUAUAACUGCAGCUGAUUUUCUACAAGUGCAGUUAGAUAUUGAAUAUAGAAAAAAAUGGGACAAUACAGCCAAAGAAUUAGAUAUUAUAGACACAGAUCCUCUUACAGAAUCAGCAGAAGAUUGUGGCAGUGAUAUUAUGUACUGGGAAAUGAUGUGGCCUAGACUGUUUGCAAAUAGAGACUAUGUCUAUCAAAGAAAGUGGAUGCAUAAAAAGGAAACAGAUACCGUUAUUAUAGCAAGUAAAACAACAGACCAUCCAAAAGCUCCCACAAGAACUGAUACAUAUAGAGUAAAAUCUUACUGGUCUUACAUGGUUAUAAAGCCUUAUAAAGAAAUAAAUGACUAUGGAAUAGAGUUUGGGUUAACAUAUUUCGAUGAUCCUGGGAUGAAUAUACCAUCUGCUGUCACCUCGUGGGUUGCGAUGAGCGGGUUGCCAGAUUAUUUAUGCCGGAUGAGAGAAGCAACAAGGAACUACAAAAAAUAUAAGGAAGAAAGAGAGAAACUUUUGACAACUGUUGCAGACAAACAGACUUGCGACAAAGAAACAUCAGAUGACAAGACUUCGAAUGAAGAGUCGAAAAAUAAUGAAUUAGACAAUACGCAGUCGGACAUAAUUUCGUCAAAAUGUGAAAUUUUACUCUCACCGCAAAUGAAAAGCAACAUUAUAGAUGUCCAAGAAAAGGAUAAAUCGAGUGAAAUUGAAAAUUCACAUGAAGAAGAUGAGGGAUUUUUAAAUUAUUUCUUUUUCACGAGGCUAUUUGCUUAGUGAUUAAACUGUUUAAAAAUUUAGAGAUGUUGACAAAAUAAAUAUGUUUUUAUUUCUUUAUUGAUAACGAAAACCUUGUUAGAUAAUUAACGAGCCAGUUUCAUUUUAUGGAAACUUUUAAUUAUUAGUUUUUAGUAAAUAAUUCACCAAUAAAAAGUAGUCGUAUAAUGUUUUAAUAAAUAUUCAUAAGAGAA